AUGAAUCUUCUUCGUACAUGUUAUUUAACAACACGUUUAAGUCAUUCAUUCAUACAUUCUUUUAUUCGUCAAACACAUAUAGAAGCAUCAACAGAACAAUCACCAAUAUGGAUUCAACCAAAAAAUGAACCUAUUGAAACUAAACGUCGUCGUCUUCUUUAUCAAAGUCGAAAACGUGGUAUGCUAGAAAAUGAUCUUUUACUUAGUAAUUUUGCUUCAAUUUAUUUAUCAAAACUGAAUGAAUAUGAUCUUGAUUUAUAUGAUAAAUUAAUAAAUACACCAUCAAAUGAUUGGGAUUUAUAUUAUAUGGCUAUAGGAAGAAUAGAUAUACCUGAAGAAUAUCAACAUCAUAUUAUGGAUUUACUUAAAAAUUUUGUUAAAAAUGAACAAAAACAAACACGUCAUCGACAACCAAAUGUAGUACCUGUUUAA